GCCAUCCUCGUUUCUAUCGCCAUCUGCUCUGCUCGCCUCGCGCUCGCUCCUCCCCGCGCAUCGUGCCGUCCGCCACCGCGCCGCGCCACGCCAAUGGAGGCCGCCACCGUGCCCAGAUCCGCCGCGGGCUGCCGCGCGGCGCCCCUGCUCCCGGCCGCCCGGGCCGCCGCGCGCCACCUGGCCCUGCCCCGGCGCGCGUUCUGCGCGUCCGUCGCGGCGGCACCGGCGCCGCGCAGCCUCCUCGCCGCUCGCCGCGCUGCGGAUGGCGACAGUGUGGAGACGGCGCCGGAGGCGGUCCCCAUCGAGAAAAGGUUCCCUCCCUUCCCGAGCGUCAUGGACAUCAACCAGAUCCGCGAGAUCCUCCCCCACAGGUUCCCAUUCCUUUUGGUUGAUAGAGUAAUUGAAUACAAGGCUGGAGAAUAUGCGGUGGGGAUCAAGAAUGUUACCAUAAAUGAUAACUUCUUCCCAGGACAUUUUCCUGAACGCCCCAUAAUGCCUGGUGUCCUCAUGGUCGAGGCUAUGGCCCAGGUUGGGGGUCUGGUGAUGCUGCAACCUGAAGUUGGUGGAUCUCGAGACAACUUCUUUUUUGCCGGGAUUGACAAAGUUAGGUUCAGGAAGCCAGUGAUUGCUGGGGAUACAUUGAUCAUGAGGAUGACACUGACAAAGUAUCAGAAGAGGUUUGGACUCGCAAAGAUGGAAGGAAAAGCUUAUGUUGGUGGUGACCUAGUUUGUGAAGGGGAGUUCCUGCUGGUCAGCGCAACUGAGUAGUGCAAAGAUACUUCAUGGUUCUCUGGGAAGAAUCAUUGGUUAGAGUCAGAUCUGGUUGGCUCUUUGAAAGAAUCGAGUUUUGAGCUAAUUAUACAACCGGCAGUUGAGGCAAUCCUUUACCUGUUGUUAAGCAUGUCGUUGAGUCCAUGUGGUGACUUUCAUCGCCUGCCAGGGCUGUGAAUCCAGCCCUGUUACUGUUGUAAUAGAGAAUUACAUUACAAUAUCUUCGGGGUAGUUGUUUGAUGGAAUAAAUGAUAUUGACUUUGUAGUUGCAUUUUCUUCCCAGAACCUUAUGAUAUACCAGUUGAUUGAAAUUGUUUUCGUGGUUC